UUCCCAAAUUGACGUAUGUCAUGAUCAGCUGUUUGUUUUGAUUGCUGUCUUUCCACCUACCUAUUCUAUAGAUUUAAUUUUAUUUACAUGUUUAUGGGGUGUUUUAAAUACAUUAAUAAAAUAGGAGUCCAUCAUUGUUAUUGCAAGAAGAGACUAUGAUAUUUCACUGAAAUGUCGUGUGAGAUAAUGAUACGCCGGGCUCGUCCCGAGGAUUGGGAAGCUCGCGCAGAGCUACUAAAGAGCGCCGGUGCUACACAUCAGCGGGACGCAUUCUUUUCAUUCUUUUUCCAAGAAGUGUGAUGGUGUUUCAGUUGACGCUGCAGGCAGGGGUUCUGUGUGGUGCUGUGCUGUUCAUCUUCUGCGGUGUAUCAUUGCGUGGAUUAUGUCUGUUGGUGCCAGCAGCAGUGGUCAUUGUUAUGCUUGCUGUGCAAAUUGUGCAUCAGGGACUUGCUACCAAGCAUGCACAGGAUAUCAGGAAGGAGAUGGUGGGCUUUGUAGCAGAGAUGCGAGGUCUCCUUUUUGCUGAUCCACAAAAGCUUACAGUUACUGUUGUAUUUGAGCAAGAGUUACAACAAAGUACUCUCAAUAAGGUGGUGCAUACACAGAUCGUGGGCACAGUCUCGUUGUCAGAGUACUGGGGCGACGGACACAGGGGCUGGCUUCACGCCCUCGCUGUCCAUCCCAAAUGGUGGCGGCGCGGCGUGGGGCGUGCACUAGUGCAGGCGAGUCGUGCGUAUGCUGAAACGGAGGGCCUCGAGUCGCUCGAAGCUAUCGCCAGUGAGUUGCAGCCGGCCGCACUUGCUUUACUACGUUCUGCCGGAUGGGAGUCGCGCGGCUGGUACCAUCGCAGACUGUGCGGUGCCACACUGACGCUGAUGUUGUCUCGCUUUGGAAAGAAUCUCGCGUACGCAUAGACAACCUAUUCAUUACCAUAUUGUGCAUUAUAUUGGAGACAUCGUCCCCACAUAGGCUUUUCUACAAACAAUGUGAUAUUGAAAGAAUAAGGCUAAUUUUGUGCAUAUUUGUUAUAUGUAAAAAUAUUUUUUUAAUUAAUAUUUUAUAAAAGAAUCUCUAAACUUUGUAUCUAUUUGUAAGUGUAAAAUAAAAGACAGUGAUUUUUUUAGUUAA